AUGGAUGCCAAAUCUUUGAAAGAUUUGUGGAAUGAAACAAACCAGUUAAAAGAAACAAAAGGGAUUUCUCAAGAAACAGUUCCGCAAUUGGUAAAAGGAUAUGAAUCCUGUCUUGGUUUGGUCCGUAGAGUGCGUCUAUUCUCUAUGAAUGAAGAUAUUGACGAAGUGAAAACGAGUGAAUUAAGGUAUUUGCUAUUGGAUUUUGAACUCGCGAAGUGUAUGGAACAAUGGAUGCAGAAUGACCGAUUAAAAGUCAUUGAAUACUCAAAGAGUUGUUACGAGAAUUUCCUUCGAAUAUGCGAAGGCUAUGGGCUGAAGCCAUUACCAGUUUCUUCGUUUACAAAAGAUACAAAUACCAGAGCUAUAAAAAUAGCAAGGUACAAGCUACGAAAAGACAUGGAAAAAGAGAUGGAUUCCAUGACCAAAGGAAAAAUACAGGAUGAAGAAUUGGAGCGAAGAUGGUGGAUUAACAAAAUACGAAUGGCGUUAGAAGACACAGUUGACGAUUUCGAGCAUAUUGAAAUGGAGAUUCAGAUUUUAAGAAGUUCACGAAUACAGUUACAAGGAAAUGAAGAAGAUGCGAUAACCAAAGGCAAAGAAACGCUGAGAAAGGAAGAGCAAGGAAAGCAGGAUCAUAAUACCUGGAAACUGGAUUUGCUUAGUAAAGAAACCCUUCUGGAUCCAAAAAAUAGACCUAUACAACCAUUUACGAUUGUUUCAGAUAGAAAUACAACAUCGAAAAAUGUCUUUGGACCUGGUUAUAAUUUGCCAACAAUGAGUGUGGAUGAGUAUUUGGAUGAGGAAUACAAGCGCGGAAAUAUCAUAAGCCAAAAGGAUAACCAGGAUCAGGAAGGGUCUGCUGACGAUGAAGAAGAUGAUGAAAUAGCUGAUGCCAAAACCAUGAAAGCACGAUACUGGGAUGAAUAUACAGAAGCCAAUCCUCGGGGCAGUGGAAACACAAUGGUUAACCGUGGAUAA